AAGUCACUCUCACACCCUAAUGGCUACAACUGAGUAAGCGGAGAGGUUUAUAUAUAGCUUAGCAGCGUGGUGGAGCUGCACACAAUCACUGAUAGAGGAAGCAUGCGCUCCUCUUGUCCCUGGAAUAGAAUAACAACUUCAUUGUUUGAGACUCAUUGAUUUUACAGCCCUAUAACGACUUGCAUUCAGUCAUGCUUUCUUUCACUUGUUGCCUCAUGGUUUGAAGCACCUGAUUCUCAUAGCACUAUCUUACAGAGGAAAGAUUUUUGGAUAAUGGGUUUCACUUUUAGAAGAAUCGUCUAACCUGGAGAACAUACUGUAGGAAUGUACUUUGGCUUUGGGACUAAUGUGGGAGGAAAAUGAGGUCCAAAGACAAUACAGAGGAUGAUGACGGCACAGUUAAUGAAGAUCAGCAUGUCACGCAAACUUCACAUGACGUCCAGGAAGAAGACGAGGGGAAAAUACUGGAGACAGAAAAGGCUAUCAAGGUUAAACACAUGGAUGAUGACGAGAAAAUCGAGGCUGAUAAUGAUGAUAAAUCUGCACAGAAUGACGACCAAAUGUUUGGGCUGAGAGAUCUGUCCAAAGACAACCUACUGAAACUGCUCGGGAUCAUGGAAGGAGAGAUUCAGGCACGAGAAGAUGUGAUCCAUCUACUGAGGUCUGCGCUGUUGGGUCACCCAGAAGAGCUGGAGUCCCGUUAUGGCUCUUCGGGGCCGACCAGACCCCUACAAGCCCUGCAGAGAGACCGGACGCUCAGCUACAACCACGCACAACACGAGAAUGUGUAUGAUAAGACAAUGGCAGAGCUGGACAGAUUGCGGGAUAAGCACAAGGACUCAUACCGCCGUAUGCUGGAACAGCUUUUGCUGGCAGAGAAAAGCCACCGGCGCACUGUCUACGAGCUGGAUAGUGAGAAACGCAAACAUGUGGAUUAUAUGAACAAGAGCGAUGACUUCACCAACCUCCUGGAGCAGGAACGAGAGAGGUUAAAGCGGUUGCUGAAACAAGAAAAAGCAUACCAAAUGCGCAAGGAAAAAGAAUUUUCCAAGCGUAUGCACAGAAUAUCUGGAGAGCUGGUCAAGCUGAAGUCCUUUGCACUGAUGAUGGUUGAUGAGCGAGAACUCCACUUGGAGAAAAUGAACAAACAGAGUCACAAAAUACAAGAUCUUCUUCAAAAACUCCAGGAAAAGGAGAAGAAUCUAAAUGAGGCCGAGAGAAAAGCAAAGGAAGACAAGCAAAAGAUCAUGGAUCUUGAGGUUGAGCUGGAGCUAAAAACUUCUAAGUUCACAAAAGAGCAAGAGGAGAUGUCUGUGAAACUGUCUGACCAAGAAUCUGAACAUCAGCAGCUUUCCCAGAAACAAUUGGAAUUGUUACGCAAACUCAAGGAGCUUGAAGAGACGAAUGAAGCUCUUCAGAAAUCGGCAGAGGAGCUCCAGGCGUUGAGGGACAAGAUCAGAAAGGGCGAGUGUGGCAACUCGAAUUUGAUUGCAGAACUUGAGACUUUACGCAAAAGAAUUCUAGAAAUGGAGGGUAAAGACGAAGAGAUCACCAAAACUGAGAACAAGUGCAAUGAGUUGAAGAAGAUGCUUCUGGCUGAGGAGACUCACAAUAAAGACUUGAGUCUAGAGGUGGAAAAACUGCAACAGAGAAUGACACAGCUAGAAAAACUUGAGAUGACCUUCAAUAUGGGCAGGACAGAAUGUGGCCAGUUGCAUGCAGCUUUGGAAAAAGAGAAAAGCCUGACGAAAGAGCUAACGGAUGAACUAGUGGGCGUUAAAAUCCGCAUUAAGGAGCUUGAGUCGUCCGAGCUGAAACUGGAAAAGGAGGAAUUGGAUUUAAAAGAGGAUCUUUUGAAACUCAAAUCAGUUACUGUAAUAAUGGUUAAUGAGCACAAGAACAUGGCAGACAGAAUUAGGUCUGAGGAAAAGCUAAAAGAUGAACUGAACCAACUCUAUAAGGCAGAGCAGGAGAAGGUCAUGGAGGUUACUGAGAGGUUAAUAGAGGAGAGCAAGAAGCGUCUGAAACUAAAAUCAGAGAUGGAGUUGAAGAUAGCAGCUCUUGUAAAGGAGAGAGAUGAAAUAACGGGAAAGCUUUCUAAAGCAGAAGAAAAAUGUAAAGAUCUGCAUGGUAUUAUGAAGCACGGGACCAUGAACGAAGAAGAGAGGGAAUCUGCUCAAAAGGUGAAAGAACUGCAGAGUGUCUCAAAUGCACAUGGAAAAGAUGAGAAUAAAGUCAAGGAGUUGACAUUGGAGAUUGACCGGUUGAAGAACCGUCUUCAGCAGCUUAAAGCUAUUGACGGUGACCUGAUCAAACCAGAGUACGAGUUGUUAGCAACUGAGAAAGAAAGGGUGCGAUUUCUCCCACAGCAGGUACAUGAAAUAAGGAGUCAAACUGCGCCGAGUAAGGCAAUCGAGCGAGGAGAGGUAUGCUGUCAGGAGGCUGAACUGAGACUUCGGUUCAUGAUGGAGGAGGCCAAAUCCAGAGACCUUCAAGCAGAUGUGCAAGCCCUGAAGGAGAAAAUUCACGAGCUCAUGAACAAAGAAGAUGAGCUUUCCCAGCUACAGGUUGAUUACUCUGUUCUGCAACAGAGGUUUCUGGAAGAGGAGGACAAGAAAAAGAGCAUAAGCACUGAAGUUUUAAACCUCACCAAAGAAUUAGAGGUCACCAAGCGCUACAGCCGAACUCUGCGGCCCAUUACCAAAGGAAGCCGAAUGAUGGAUGUUCCAAUGACAUCGACUGGAAUACAAACCGAUUCGGUGGAAAAUAGGACAGCUGACGUUGACACUCCUGCUGCAUUCAUCAAGAAGUCUGUCCAAGAAGAGAACCGGAUCAUGAGUAGUCUUCAGCAGAGGAGCUUAAAGAAGCCGGCGCAGAGACCGACAGUCCGUGAACUCUACCCUCCAACAGUCAGUGACUUUACUGUGAAGAAGUCCUGGAUUCCUUGGAUGAGGAAGAAGGACAGCAGUGCUUCCGAAAUAUCUUCAGAUACCAGUGGGGAGGUUGCAUCUUCUGAGGUCAACAUGUCCCAAAAGCAUAACCAUCCAUUGCACUCUCAGGUGAUCCCAGAUACUCACAACAAUGAGGCAACUUUACACAUUUGCAUUGCCAACUCAGAGGACUUGACAAAACAAGCUUCUGCCAAAUCGUCACAAGAAAUUCAGACAACCAUCAUUCCUACAAAUGUUCGAACCAAAGAGACAAAGAACCCAGAAAGAGUUCGAUCUCCAAUGACCUUUGCAACCAUCUCAAGAGUAAAGAGUGCAGAGAUCACGAGGUCUCCUUCUUUGGACAAAUCACCCGUAUCCACUGCAUCCCAGGAGGACAUGAUAACAGGUCGAGCUGUGUUUAGGGAGACUCCUGAGAAACGGAUGGUCCCCACACCCAUCAAGAAGUCAAAUGCUAAUGUCAUUUCCACAGAAGACAGUAAGAUUCACAUUCACUCAGGUGCACAGUUUAAGAAGACCAACGAUCAUGGCUCAGGUGCCAUGGUCAAAUCUAUGUCCGUAUCAUCUGAGAGUACGGAGGUUUCUACUGGAACUGUGCUACGCUCGCCACACCAUGUGACUGCAAGCAAAUCAACAUCCAGCAAAGCGAUAAGUAGCGUCACCAUCACGCAGGUCACUAAAGCACCAGCCAGACCUACACUCUCAGUGCAGCCUGUCAUGGAUGCCCCAUCAGCACGGUCGGGGUUCAGUCGUAUUCCAAUGUCCCGGGGGAUGAAAACGGGUAAAGCUGUGCUUGGAGCUUUGGGAAUCUCCACAGGAGUUAAAGUGGAAGCAAAUGCAGAGAUCCAGCCCAUGAACAUUGACCUUAAAAAAUCCACUGUCAGUAAUGGAGCGUUACAGGCCGGAGGAAAAGGCUGAGGGCUCUGAACAAAUUAUAAACACAUUUAAAUUUAAAUCUACU